UCUCACAUUAGACCCCAUCAAUGGGUUCUUCGAAAGGAAAGAGAGACCCUAAGUGACAGACUCGUCCCCGCAAUUAUGAUCUCACUCUCUCAUUCAUCUUACAAUCGAACCCGUCUCCCCUUCAGACCAACACCAUCCCGCCUCUUAACAACCGCCUCAGCCCCUCGCCAUGGCGACCUUGAGCGCCCUCAUCCUCGAACCCGCGACGCUCGAAGACGUUCCCGCCCUCACAGAGGUCUGGUUCGCCGCCUUCGCGCACGAUCCGGAGAUCACCCGCCUGUGGCCCGACACGCCCCGCGUGCGCGCGUGGUGGGACAACGCCAACCGCGGCGACAUGCUCGGCAAUCCCUUCCAGUAGUUCGUCAAGGUCGUCGACCCAGGCGCCGUCGACGCCCACGGCAGGUCAAGGGUCGCGGCCUGGGCCAAAUGGGACACGUCAAUGCCGGCGCGGCGGGGGCGCCGGUACCCGCCCUGGUGCGAGGACAUGCCGGCGGAGGUGUGCGACGCGUUCUUUGACAAGGAGGAGAGGGAGAGGGUGCGAGUCAUGGGGGACGAAGAACAUUAUUAUUUGGACACACUGGUGACGCACCCUGAUUACCAGCGGCGAGGCGCCGGGUCGAUGCUACUAAAGUGGGGGUGUGAGCUCGCGGACGAGAACGGGUUCGGGGCGUACGUUGAUGCGAGCAAGGCCGGCAAGGGGCUGUAUGAGAGGUUUGGGUUUGUGGACAAGAGCGAAGCUGAUGCGGGCGAGGUUGCGUCAAUGGUGAGGCGGAGGCGCUCUUGAGGUCACAGCUUCCCGAUACAACAUGAGGACGAAGGGACUCUAUCAUGAGCUGGAGAAAAGGUAACGGCCGGCGGCGAUGGGUGGGCUCCAGGAGAAUCAUCAUUACGGCCUGGUAAAACACUUCAAGAGAAAUCGAUAUCAUGCGCCGAGUGCAAGGCUCAUGCGUUCUACGACGUUCCAAGUCAUGUGUUUUACUUCGGCCGGCGUGGGUGGCUUGAUUAAGGUCACAUCUCGCAACCAUGGCUUACACAUCUUUUACUCGAUUCAACGUUAGCAGUCGAUCGUCAUGACUUUGGACCUGGGUCAAGGCACUCUGUAUGGUUCGUCACCUAUCUAUUGUAAAGAGACG